GUUCCCAUAGACCCAUACCAGUACAAAACUUGGCUUCCUCCUCUCUGUCCCCUUUGUAUUGAUUCUCCCCUUUCUUGUGUUCACAAGCUUCCUCUUGCUAGCUUAGCUUAGCUUCUCUCUCUGCAUUUCCUUUGAGCUUGCUCCUUGAAUAGUUUUUCACCUGUUCGUAGUACUCAGGCACUUCGAUCUGCAGUCCAUAGUGUUUGUACGUAAGAGAUCGAUCGAUCAUGGUGGAGCCUAGUGUGAAAUCAGCUGAUCAAGGCGACUUGUUCCUGCCUCCCGGGUUCAGGUUCCAUCCCACAGACGAGGAGGUCAUCACAAGCUACCUCCUGCCCAAGUUCUUGAACCCUAGCUUCGCCACGCGCGCUGUAGGGGAGGUGGACCUCAACAAGUGCGAGCCAUGGGAUCUCCCAAGCAAGGCGAAGAUGGGGGAGAAGGAGUGGUACUUCUUCUGCCACAAGGACAUGAAAUACCCGACGGGCAUGCGUGCCAACCGCGCCACCAAGGAGGGCUACUGGAAGGCCACCGGCAAGGACAGACAGAUAUUCAAGCCUGCAGCUUCAUCUUCUGCUCGCGAGCUGGUGGGGAUGAAGAAGACGCUUGUGUUCUACACGGGAAGGGCUCCCAGGGGCUUCAAGACCAACUGGGUCAUGCACGAGUACUGCCUCGACGGCAAAUCCAAGCACAACAAAGCAGUCGUAUGCUUCAAUCCCAAGGGUGAAUGGGUCGUGUGCAAGGUGUUCCACAAGAAAGGGGAGGCCAAGAACGGCGCCGCCGUGGAGUACUCUGCCGGAACGCCCAACGUCAGCUCGUUGUCGGUGGACGGCGGCGAGGGCGACGACUUUCUUGACUCCCUGAUCGAUCCCAGCUUGUACGUCAACUCCGCCGGCAGUUUGCCCAGCACGACGACCAUCAACGCGGCGCCGCCGUACAACGCAGAUUAUCCCAUUUCUGCCGCCGCGGCAACUACGACAUCUACGAGUAGCUUCGUCGACCUGCCUAACUACAGCUUCAAGGGCACAAUAACAGGUAGCAACCUGCACCAGGUGGCCGUGCCCAAUUCAUCAACAGUUCCAAGAAGCAGCAGUAGCAGUUACAGCUCCUCGUGGAACAUGCGUCACGCAGAGCCGCAUGCAAUGGGAAGCUACAGCUUGUUGCAUCAGCAGGCAAUGAUGGUGAAAGCUCUACGAGGGGUCAUUUCCACAAAUUUUGCUGGUGGUUUACCGAGUUCGUCGGUGACUGGAGUUUUGCAGCAGAAUUUGCUUGGCGCGCCGCAGCAGAAGCUAGAGAACUACGGUGGAAGUUAUACUGCUCAUCUUACAAGUAGUGCUGCUACUGCCAUUGUUGGACCAGCUACUAACAAUUUGGGUGAUCAGCUACUGCGCUACUAAAUGGAUAUAGUCACAUUGAUAUAUACUUUGUCUCUAGUGAUCGAUCGUUUUAGUAAUUUUGUGGCAGUAUUGUUGGUUGCUUAAUUCAUUAGUUAGUUCGUAUACUGAGAGAUCAUACUGUUUGCUUAAUUUAGAUCUUGUAAAAAGGACAAUGUUCCUUUCUCUUUUUUUGCGCGGACAAUGUUUGUUUGUUUGUCAGAA